AGCGUUCGUAAUAAAUGUCGAAAUGUUUCUCGAAAGAGUCGGUGUGGAAAUGGAAUUAGAGACAAUAUUUAUUUCCUUUUAGUGGAAACGACGUCGUUGUUGGAAGUGAAAGAUUUCCCAAUUUCUCAUUUCUCAUUUCUCCAGUCUUCCGUCUCAUUCUCAAAGGAUCAUUUUAGGUGUGGAAGAGAUGUCACUGGAAGCUAAAGCACUUGGACACUGUGGAGUUGCCGGAGCAGUGCCUCUCUCAUUCCGCCGCUCUCUCUCUUCAUUCCCUACUUGCCUGUCGUUCCACAGUCCCGUUACCCGACGAUUCCAAUCCUUGGCGGUUGUUAAGAGAAGUCCUAAACGCCUCAAGUACUUGGCUCCUCGCUUAACUAAGGAAGAUGGAUUGCUCUAUGUUCAAGUUGAUCAAUUUGCCUCCGAUUCCUGGAAGUUGGAUCCAGUUGUUGAACUUCUUAAACGAGGAGCUGUUGGAGUGAUUCCCACAGACACUGUGUACGCAAUAGUUUGUGACCUGAGCAGUCAUUCAGCCAUUGAACAUCUUCGUAGAAUAAAAGAGAUAGAACAUUCAAAGCCCCUUAGUAUCAUAUGUCGAUCUUUCCGUGACAUAGAUACAUAUACAACUGGAUUUCCCCGUGGUAAUGCCCAAGGUCUUACAGAUAUUUUUCGAGCAGUCAAGCACUGUCUGCCCGGUCCUUACACUUUCAUCUUAACUGCGAGCAAACAGCUACCAAAACAAUGCACGAGAUACGGGACUGCAACUUCCAAAUAUGCUUCAAGGAAAAAUGUUGGUGUUCGUAUACCUGAUGAUCCUGUCUGUCAAGCAAUCUUAGAAAAGCUGGAUGGACCUCUGAUAUCCACAAGCGUCAAGUCACCAAAGGCGAAUGAGUGGAUACUGGAUCCCGUCAUUAUAGCUGAUGUAUAUGGUCCAGAGGGACUUGAUUUUGUUGUUGAUGCGGGUGUUCGAGUGGCUGAUCCGUCUACUGUAGUUGAUAUGACUGAAAGUGCUCCUCGAAUUAUACGGCAGGGAAAGGGUCCUAAGCAGCCUUGGAUGAUAGCGGAAGAUGAUGAUUCUGCUGUAGAUGAAUAGAAUCCAUUGUUACCGCUCUUUAAGUAAGAAGUACUGCUUAAAAUGUACACUUCCUCAAGCCAGAGCUCUUGUACAGCACACAGAUAAGAUGGUGAAUCCCUUGUCGAUCUUGAACAGAGUCCAUUAGUCUUCAUUAGUGUAGAUUGCUGUAAAUACUCAAUGUGGUAAAUUGAGAAUCACAUAUAAUGUGUUGCUUGUCUUAAUUCUAAAGCAUGUAAUGAUCACUCUCUAUCAUUCUCUA